UAUUUUGAUUGUUUUACUGGAUUUACAUCUUUUUUUAAGAAAAAGGCAAUCAUAGAUACUAGUUUAUAGAAAAAUUUAAAUAAUUUUAUGAAAUUUCCCGAAAUAAAUUUGAAAAAUAUUCAAAAAAAUAUAAUUGAGGUUAUAAAAUCUGACGAAGAAUUAAAAAUAAUAAGCGAGAUUUCCCAAAAAUAUUCAUUCUAAACACAUUCGAUAUUUGUGAGUAAAAAUUUAUUCGAAAAAGUGCAAAUUUAUUUCCAAAAUUUUUUUAGAAACGCCACUUUUUAAAUUCUAAAAGAACUCGAAAAAAAGUCUUCUUAUGAUCAACAAGUAUAUUUAAGUGAAAGCUUUAUAAACAAAGAGAUAAUUUUAUAACCAAAAGAAGAAAAAAUAAUUGCUUGUGUAAAAUAUAUACCCAAUUUCGGGUCAUAUCAAUCCAAUUUAUUAAUAAAAUGGAAUAUUUCGAAAACUUUAGAUGUUAUUCCUGUUUAAGGGAAUUCUGGAAUAGGAAAACUGACUAUUUUUCCUGAAAAAAAAAUAUCUUUUUUAAUAUAAAAGAACGAAAUUUAAGAAAAUUCAGUAAGUGCAUAUAGGGAAUUUAGGAUAAAAAAUAAUGGAAUCUUUCCAAUUUAAAUUAGAAAUAUUUACAUAGAAAGCCAGUCUUGUAAGGGUUAUGGGUUUAUAAUUUUAAAUUGCUAAUAAUUCUAUUUAGAAUCUGAAGAAGAAAAAAUUUUACAAAUUAUAUUUUUUUAAGAAAGUUAGGCUUUUUUUAAUUUUUAAAAAAAUGUUUAUUUCUAAGGAAAUGGGUAUCAAUUUGAAUUGAAAAUAGAAGUUAUUUUUUUUGAAAAAAACAAAAAUUUUUAAGAAAUUUUUAGAUUUUAGUUUUUUUUUGUGGAGGAACAAUUGUUUUUUUGCCUUUUUUAUUUGUAAAAAAUGUAUUAUUUUUGAGAAAGAAAAAAAGGAAAAAAGGAAAAAAAAUUUGAAAUGGAAGAUAUUAAUAUUUAUUAGUUUUCUUAAAAAAAUAUGAUUUCCUAAAAAGUUUUGGAUUUAAAGGUAAAACUUCAUUAAAUUAAAUAAACGGUUUUUAUAAAAAAAACAAAGAAAAAAAAUAAUAAAAAUAAAAACGAGAAAAAAUAUCUUAAUAAGAAGAUGAUAAAUAAUAACUAUAAUAAUAAGCUUAAUCCACUAUUAAUAAUAAUAAUUACAGAGACAAAGAUUAAUAAGAAAAAAUUUCAGAAAAAGAAUCCUUUAAUAUAGAAGAAAACGAAAAAAAAAAUCAGAAAAUUCAAACGAAUCUAGCUUUUCUUCAGGUGACUCAUUUUAAGAAGAAGAAAUUUCUAAUAUGAUUGAAAGUGUUAAUUCCUAAAAAAACUUUUCGUUUGGAAGAAUCGAAAGUAAAAAUAAAAUCGAAGAAAAAC